AUGAGUGUGGCAGAGGAGGCGGAGUCCCCGGUGGAAGUGCAGGGGAAGCCUGAGGAGCAGCAGAGAGCAGAGCCAGGGCCGUGUGGGACAAGUGCCCAGCACACACUGGAGGCGCUAGAGGCCCUUCAUGUCCAGCUGAGCACUAAGAGUGCUCGAACCAGCAGGGCCUACAUGCAGGUGAGGAGCAAGACCUUUCAGUGUAGAAAGCCUAUUCUUGAGCGCAGAAGGGCCAUCAUCCAGUGCGUUCCACACUUCUGGGGCCAAGCUGUAUCCUUGCCCAAGCCCUUCUGGCUACCCUGUGUACAAAGACACAAAGACCAUAGGGAGUACGUGGAUGAGGAGCAAGGAAGUGGUGAAGUGGGGGAGAGCAGAGGAAAGAGUCCCCCUACACACUCCCACAACCUUCGCCCCUCACCCCGCACCCAACACUUCCCCCAGGAUCCCAUCCACCCCCUCCAGUGGCACAGCACUGGCCAAAACGAGGGCCAGCUUCUGCAGCCUUCCAACUUUCCACCUGCGGGUCAGGGAGUGUUGGCACGAGAAAUACAGUGA